AUGAGUAACAAUGAAUCUCUAAAGACAAAAGCAGCAUGGAACAUGGAGACUACUAAACAAUUUAUCCAAGCAUGUUUAGAUCAAGUUGCUAAACAACAACGUAAUGGAACCACUCUUACAAAAAAAAAGGAAAAUCCCUUAUAUGGAAAAUUCAGAAAUAAAGGACUUCCUUUUAAAGAUGAGUUAACUAUAUUAUUUAAAGAUAUUAUAGCCGAUGGUAAAUUUGCUUGGGCUCCCUCAUCUGGGAUGUUACCUAGUGGCAUAGAAGAAUAUGGUGAUGGAUAUCGACCAUACUUUGAGGAAGGUCAUGUUGAUAUAGAAGAAGGUUCCGGAGAUAGUGAAGAAGGUAUAGAUGCUAGUUUGGGAGUUAAUUCUGAAUUUCAACACAUAAAUCUUAGCUCUUCUCAAGAAAAUAAUAGUCAAAAGAGUACCGGAAAAAGAAAGAGAGAUGUGGUUUGUGAAACAACAAAACAGAAAAAAAAUUUUAAAGUCCCUGCCUCAAAGCAAAUUGCGAAUGCAAUAAGUAGAAUUGUCUCUGCAUCUGAAUCACGCUCAACUAUUGUGUCCACAUUUCUAGUACCCGGUGCAUCUAUUGGGGAAGUAAUGGCUGAGAUUCAAAAGAUGGAAAUGAUCACUAGUGAUCCUGAUUUUCAUAGUCGUUGUUGUCAACUAAUGAUGUUUAAACCUGUUAGAGAAAUGUUUGUAUCCUUAAAAGGAUAUGAGCAAAGAUUGUUGGAUUGGCUCAAACAUGCCGCAUAUAAUCCACUACCAUUCAUGCAAAAUUAA